GCAUUGCGCUGCACAUCGCCGUCGCAUUCUGUCGUCAACAUUCCGCAACAGCACCAAACUGACCAGACAUUCUAUCAAUAGACCCUUAUUGUCCAAGAUUUGAAAGAGCCCGAGCUGAAUCGUCUACGUCCCGGUUUUUCCCAUUCAACCCCGAGAACAUUGCAACAUGUCCUACUACGACAACCCUCAGGCCCAGUGGUCGUCCUCUACUCCCAGCACCCAGCAGAAUAACUGGGAGCACCAGGGUUCGACUACUCCGGUCCGCGCAGGCGCCAGCGGCCCUCAGCCCCAGGAUGACUACGCCUUCUCGUAUCAAUUCGAUGAGGUCGAUCGAGCAUACGAGAACUUGCAAAAGUCUGGCAAGGGCUAUGGAAUGGGUGGUCGCCACUCCCGUGGUUCUCAUCACACCCCCGGCCCCCGCCCGCACUCGGUAAACAACUUUGAUGACGCCCGUGGUCAGGGACCCAAUCUGCAAAACUUCUACGCAAACCAGCGUCAUCAACCUUCACGAGGCUCCAACGAGGCAGAGCAGGUCAUGCAGGCUAAGAGACGGAUGGCAGCUCAGCGGGAGCGAGAGCUUCGAAACCUGCACACAGAGCAGCAAUAUCAGCGAACCGUCCUUUCCGAGGUGCCUCUGCCGCCCAACAAGCACAUGUCUGAGGAGGAGACGCGAGAGUUGAUUGCCCGUCAACGAAGUGCCCUUUAUGGUGAGGGUCCUUUUGCAGACAAGGCAGGAUACGUGGAUGAGACUGGUAAUGUCCGCACAGGUGCCCCUGUCCCUAGCGGACCCUCAAGCAUCCGUGGGCACUCCCCUCUUGCCUAUGACAGCGUAGGCCGUGCUCCCCCUACUGGCGAGGCUGGCACUCCCGCCUCUGGUGGUGAUGCACACGGUCCUCCCACCGAGCCCAACUCGCGACCUCACAGCACAGUCAGCCCACAGGCUGCUGGACCCACAAACAAGGUCUUUGACAACGCUGUGGGUAACCAGAGCCGUACAAGUACAUCCAGCCCAACCGGCGGCUCUCCCUCUCGGGAUCUGACUCCUGGUUCCAAGCCCAACCAGGCUGGUGCCUCUGUAGCUCCCAUUGGAACUCGUCCUUCUGGUACACCCACAACUUCAGCUUCAUCGAAGCGAUCCACCACUCCUCUUGCCUCCCCAGGUGGCUGGGGACGUGGCAACGGUGUCUGGGGUCAGUCGUCCGGUCUCGGUGCUCCUGCUAGUGUCUGGGGUUAGAAAGGUCCGCUCACUGAGGAUUAGGGGUAGCAACAAGGCGCAGGAUUUGAAGUUGCAUUUGGGACGGCGCAGAGGUAAACGUGCAUUGCGGUCGGUAUCUUUGGCGAGUACGGUCUUUGGCAACUCACAUCUCGAGUUGAAGACGGUACGAACAUUGCAGGGCACUCGGAUCUGGCGAGAGCCGGGUGAUACAAUCAAG